AUGAAUGACAGCGCCAAAGCAGAUGUUAAGUCGAGUCUGCAAAGGUUGAGCGAAGGACUAGACUUGAGUUCUAGAUCUUCCGCAAGCAACCGGGUGAGCGGCAACAAGAGGGCUAGUUCUACGGAAAAUCUAAGGAUUAAAGUUGCUCGCAUCUUAUCAAAUCAACACGCCACCGAAGAUAGUGUAGAGCGGCUCUGGACUGACGAAUUUUCCCCUAGAACUGUUACUGAUUUAGUUGGUAACAGUAGUGCCAUCAAUGUGCUUCGUUCCUGGCUUUUACAAUGGUCAGCUAGAAAAUUUAACGUACAGUUGAAAGGACAGGACAGGAAAUGUAUUUUAAUUAGUGGACCACCUGGAGUUGGCAAAACAACUACGGCAGUGCUGUUGUGCAAAGAACUUGGUUUGCAGACGUUGAACAUCAACGCCAGCGAUUCUAGGGGUAAGUCUGGGAAGGUAGUUGAUGGUAUAGCGGGUACUUUAGCGAGUGCAGUGCGGGAAUUUGUGACGAACAAGUGUAUUGGUUCCGACUCUGAGCAAACUGUGAGAUCCGCUCUCAUAAUGGAUGAAGUUGACGGCAUGGCGGGUGGUGACCGAGGUGGUCUUUCGGAGUUAAUUGACAUCAUUAAACAGACGCGCAUCCCAAUAAUAUGCAUCUGCAAUGAUCGUUAUUCACAAAAGUUGAAGACUCUGGCAAACUAUUGCGUCGAUCUGCCUUUUCAACGACCAAAUAAACUCCAAAUUCGAAAGUAUGUGGUGCAGCUUGCGAACUCUAAGCGUCUACAAAUCGACCAGGAUUCGGUAGAUAGCCUAAUUGAAGCGAAUAAUAAUGACUUGCGAUCAAUCAUAAAUCAGUUGCAACUUUGGAGUAUGGGCGCAAUACUCGAAUCAAAAGAAACAAGUAGGGUGAAGAAAGAUGUCUCUCUCGGUGUUUUUCAAGCAAUUGAUGUCAUGUUUCGACCGUCCGUUCAUGGCACGCUCGAUGCUAGAUUAAGUCUGAGCUUUACACAUGGAGAUCUUUUAUCCUUGUUUGUGCAUGAGAAUUAUCCGUGCAUGCGACCAAAGGAUAGCGUCAGUGACUUGCAGCGACUUGUCCACAUGGCGGCAGCGGCUUCACGUGUUUCGGAGGGGGACGUGUUCGCGAGUACUAUUAGUAGGACGCAAAACUGGAGUAUUCUACCAUCGGCCAAUGUUAUUGCAUCUGUCUUGCCAUCUUCGGCUGUUUCUGGUGCCAGAGAAAUAUCUGCUCAGGGAGAACGUAACACUCAUCGGUUUCCGAGUUGUUUGGGUAGGAUAUCGAGUAAGUCGAAGUCACAACGUCUUUUGCACAAGACGCAUAUGCAUGUUUGUGCAAGUGGUAUACUUCGUACUAGCGCACGGGAAUUCUGUUUAAGAUAUAUGAACCUGGUGAGAAGAUUGCUGACCCUGCCUCUUUUUAGUGAAGCUCGUGGCGGCAAAGAACUAGCAGGCGUAGAAAAUGUGCUUGAUUUUAUGCAUACUUACCACUUCACGAGGGAGGACUGGGAUGAUAUUCAAAUUUUCACAAGACUAUCAGGAAAGGGUCCCUUGUUUGAAAGUCCUGGCGCACAAAUACAUACGUCGGUGAAGGCAGCGUUCACAAGAGCUUGUAAACACAGUCUGAGCUUGAGCACGAAAGCGACUUGA